AUGUCGUCCAGAUCAUUAUGGAGGAGCUUACAUCUUGCCUCUCGGCGACGAGUCGCGCUGGCUGAUACUUCAUACCGGUGCUUUUCCUGCUCCCGACAGAGCCUGGCCGACCCCAAGUCCGAUCAGGAACGAAUGACCCAUUUCGGCUUCUCGAACGUCCCAGAGUCGAAGAAAGAGUCAAUGGUUGGCCAUGUCUUUAGCUCAGUCGCCUCAUCAUACGACACGAUGAACGAUCUCAUGUCGCUCGGAAUUCAUCGCCUAUGGAAAGACCACUUCGUUCGCUCAUUGAACCCCGGUUCCGCCCUUCCCUCCCGCGAUGGUGACAACCCUAGUCAAGGCUGGAAUAUCCUAGACAUCGCAGGUGGAACCGGCGACAUCGCGUUCCGCAUGCUGGACCACGCGACGAACAUCAACCACGACCUCAACACCCGUGUCACAAUCGCCGAUAUCAAUGCUGAGAUGCUUGCGGAGGGAAAGAAGCGCAGUAUCGAGACGCCCUACUAUAACUCGGAUCGACUUUCCUUCAUGCAAGGCAAUGCGGAGCACAUGCCGUCGAUACCGGAUAACUCGGUCGACCUCUAUACUGUGGUUUUUGGCAUUCGCAACUUUACGGAUAAGCAGGCCGCCCUGGUGGAAGCGCACCGAGUGUUGAAGCCAGGCGGUGUCUUCGCCUGCAUGGAGUUCAGCAAGGUCGACAACGCUUUGUUCAAUGCAGUUUACAAAAAUUGGAGCUUCAGCGCCAUUCCUCUGAUCGGCCAGCUGGUUGCGGGCGACCGAGAGAGCUACCAGUAUCUCGUUGAGAGUAUCGAGAAGUUCCCAAGCCAGGAGGAGUUCAGGGGAAUGAUUCAAAAGGCGGGCUUCAUGAUCCCCGGCCGAGGCUUUGAGAACCUCACGGGCGGGAUUGCCGCAAUUCACAAAGGAAUCAAGCCACUGACCAAGGCUUGA